CGCCGGCCAUGAAGUCAGUUCUCGUCACCGUGGGUACCACCAGCUUCGAUGACCUGAUCGCGGCCGUCUGCUCCCCGCCCGCGCUGCAGGUGCUGCAGAGCCUUGGCUACGGGAAGCUGGUGCUGCAGAUGGGGCGAUGCGCGCUGGACCCGGCGCUGCUCGGCAGCCCGGGCGUGGCCGUGGAAGUGGAAGCCUUCCGCUACAAGGAGUCUCUGGCUGAGGACCUGCGGAGGGCGGACCUGGUCAUCAGCCACGCAGGCGCAGGUAGCUGUCUGGAGACUCUAGAAAAAGGAAAACCACUAAUAGUAGUAAUAAAUGAGAAGCUGAUGAACAACCAUCAGCUUGAACUGGCGAAACAGCUCCACAAAGAUGGGCAUGUCCUCUACUGUAACUGCAGCACUCUUGUGGAGACACUGCAGUCGAUGGAGUUACCAACUUUGAAACCUUUUCCUCCUGGACAGCCAGAAAAGUUUGCUUUGUUCUUGGAUCAAGUUUUUGGGAUUCAAUGGGUUAUCGAUGUUCGAGGGACUCGAACCCACGGUCCCGGCCGGCCCUUCCGGUCGUUAAGGGUAGAACGGAGCAGGGACCGGGGGGCUCCUGGCGGGCACCGUAAAAUGGCCGCGGCGGGGUCUCCGCCGCCGGGCCGCGCUCGGGGUCGACCCGCGCUCGGGGCCGCUGUCGGUGGCCGGCGGGCAGGGAGGGGAAUGCGGGAGCCGGACCGGGCCGUGCUCGGGGCUGCUCUCCGUGUGCGGCGGGCAAGGAAGGGGGUGCUGCGGCCGGGCCGGGCGCAGGUGGGCGCGUUGUGCGGCGGCCCCUCAUUAGCAGCAGCCGCGCGGCGAGGCCCCACGCGCCGCUCAGCGCAGCGCUCUGCGUGGAGCUCCCGCGUGCCGUGGCCGCUUCAGCCGCUGCCGCCUUCGCCUCAGCCGCUGCCACCCGCGACGAUGCAGAAGGGCUGGAAGAAGUACUUCGGGCAGAAGUCCUUCAGCGAGGUGGCCAUGGACAAGUACCUGGGCAGCCUGGGGCUGUACCGCAAGGUGACGGCGAAGGACACCUCCUGCUUCUUCCGAGCCGUCUCGGAGCAGCUGUUUUUAACUCAAAUUCACCACCUAGAAGUUAGGAAAGCUUGUGUUUCGUUUAUGAGGCAGCAUCAGCUUCAGUUUGAAUCUUAUGUGGAAGGAUCAUUUGAGAAAUACCUUGAACGACUGGGAGAUCCAAAGGAAAGUGCUGGCCAGCUGGAAAUGAGUGCCUUAUCAGUGGUGUACAAGCGAGACUUUAUUCUCUACCGCUACCCUGGAAAGCCACCCAUUUAUGCUACGAACAAUGGCUUUGAUGACAAGGUUUUGCUCUGUUGUUCAGGCAAUGGCCAUUAUGACUCUGUGUAUACAAAACAGUUCCAGGAAACUGCUGCUAUUUGCCAGGCUGUAUUAUAUGAGAUCCUGUACAAGGAUGUGUUUGGCAUGGAUGAGGAAGAAUUAAAGUCUGCAGUGGAGAUGUUUCGAAGUGGAUCCAAGAAGAACAGAAACAAUGUCUCUGUGGCAAGUGAGGAUGCAAACUUUGAUUGUCUUCAUGAAAAAGUAUCCAGAAAUCCAUCAGAAAAGAGACUGAACGACUGGGAAGGCAAUGAGACUGACAAUCCACAGGAAGAUAAGUUCAAACAAGGCAUUGAAGAAGAAAAGCAUCUGGAAAAUCCAUCAAAGAUGCCUGUUCCUUAUAAAGUACUAAAGGCUCUGGACCCUGGGAUCUAUCGAAAUGUGGAGUUUGAUGUUUGGCUGGACAGCAGAAAAGAGCUUCAAAAAACUGACUACAUGGUGUUUGCUGGGAGACAGUACUAUUUAGGAGACAAGUGUCAGGUACGUCUGGAGCCUGGAGGUAAGUAUUACAAUGCUCAUAUCCAGGAAGUCGGACAAGAUGGUGACACCUUGACUGUAUUCGUUGAGGAGUUGGCAGAAAAGCAUGCAGUUCCUUUGACAAACUUGAAACCAGUGACACAAGUAGCACCUGUCCUUGCUUGGAAUAUGGUUUCCACCAGAAAAGGAGGAACAUAUCAGAAAAUAUCAGGUGGAUGCUUCUCAGGAAUAGAAAUGGAUGCAAAGACACGGAAGAAACUGCCUAAGAAAAUCCGUGGAAAGGAAGUUUUUAUGACCGUUUCUUACAGCAGGGGUCAGGCAGGUCUUCCACCCCGGCUACAGCAUGGCAUUUCUUCGGGGCACUCCACUCCACUUCGUAGCUCGCAGGGUGGUGGGAACAUGCCACCUUAUGAACCCUAUCAUCCUCAGAACACUCCUCAGAGACAUAACCGUGGAUUUGGGAUGUCAAGGGGAUCUGCCCGAUUUAUAAACAGGCACAACAUGGUUGGCCCUCAAAUAGCAUUCUGCCCCAGUCCAGGAAAGAGGUGCUAUCAGAGCUAUGGCAAUUUCUCCUGCAGGUCCUGUUCAUACAGCCGUAGCUGCCGUCGAAUGCAGUGUGUGAAUAAGGAGUGUCAGUAUGGGUUUGUGCCAGGGAAUGGAGAGCAGCCUCGAGGACCAGAAGAAACUAUAACUUUCUAUGAAAUAGAAGGAGAGGAUAACACUGCUUUUCCUGCUUUGCCAAAAAACUCUAGUAGAGGCCUGGUGGGAGAAUCUUCUGACUUAACCACCUCUGCUUCAACCUUGGAAAUCUUACAAGCCUCUCUGAGCACUUUUAUCGAUCUCAUAGUCACCAUGUCUUCUGAGGAGAAUGUUGGGUGUCACCUUAGCCAUCACAAAAGAAGCCAGGGUAGCCCUGGUCCCAUUAUCCAUGGUACAGCAGGAUUCUGGGUAGCAAGGCGAGGCCCAAACUCAGAUGUGCCUAACAAGCAGAUCCUGAAUUCCUGUGAGGAGGAAGAAGCAAGUGAAAGUGGGAAAUUCCAUGAUGAAUAUAUGUAUGCAUCUCCAGAUCCUGACUGUGACACUGCAACAGUAUUUAGUUCAGCAGAGCCUACGGAAAACUUGGAAGAAGGGGCAGUCUCUGUGUCACCUCAAGAUGGAGUGGCUUCCCACAGCUGUCCCCAGAAGGUGAUGGUGAAUUCUGCAGCUAUCUCAACCUCUACAGCUGUUUAUGCUGCUCCAGCUACAGGUUUCUCCUCAAAUUCUGUUGCCUCCAGUCCAGCAAGUGCCACAACAGCAGUUCCCCCACAAACAGCAGGCCAGCCGGUUGUGGUAUCUCCCCCUUCUAUAGGGAGGCCAGCAGUUUCUUUGGUGCCAUUGCCAAUUUAUUCAGCCCCUCUUCCUCCAGUCAGUGAGGUGGGAGAAGCUGGUGCCGUUCUUCCACCUUACUCUUGUGAUCCCAAUGGCAGUGAUCUGCCUCAAGAUGCAAAGGUCUUGCGGUAUUAUUUUAAUCUGGGAUUGCAAUAUUACCAUCAGAGCUAUUGGCCUCCCAUGAUGUAUGUAGAGCCAGUGCUGCCCCCGUCACCCGUGGAAGUUUAUCCAUCAUAUACUGAGCCAGCUCCUGCCCUAGAUCAGUCAGUACCUCAGCUCUACACUGAUGCUGGGCGAACUGGAAUCCACCAGGUUCCCUUGGAAGCACCUGCAAACGGUAACUUUCAAAAUGGAGAGGCUCCAGCCCUGUCCUACGGGUCAGUGUAUUACCCAGUCAUGUCAGACCCCUUCAGCCAGCAGUCUCUUCCUGGGUUUGAUUCUUUAGUACCUGCCUAUCGCUAUGUUAGUACCUGGCAUCCAGCAAAUCCACCCUAUGGAAGUUCUCCACAGAUUGCUAAUGCUGUGAGUUCUGGACCAACGCAGCAAGUGAGCUAUAUUGCCUCACCUAACCCUGCACCUCAUGAUGUGCCUCAAGGAAUGUAAACCAGAGAACCAUAAACUCACUUCUUGCCUUUGGUUUAUUUGUUUGUCAACUAUGUUGAUACUGUUUUGUAAAUCUCACCUUGUCUUAGUGGGCUGGGUCAGUUGAUUAAACUACACUCAAAUUUCAUGUCUCUCCUUAGGUUUAUGCUAGUGAUACAUGACUUAAUGUUUUAGUGGAUUAUUUAGGAAAGCAUAGGAAAAGAUUGUACAGAAACAAUAGUGCAGGGAACACAAAGCUUGAGUUUGACUAUAUAAAGUAUGUGUAAUAACCUAUGCUAUCACUAAAUGAAUAUUGUACUUCUGAGGGGUUGCACUGGAACAUGUAGACACCUGGUUCUUGCUUAGUCACUGAAAUAGGCUGCAGUUAACAAAUGCAGGUAAAAAUAGGGCACAGGGUCAUUAGAGGAUGUUUGAAAGAGGUUGGCUUUCUCAGAUUCAGCAAAUCAAUGCUGCUUUGCCACUAGUGGUCACAUAUUGUGAUAGCUGUAUUUCUUCUGUCUAAUUUUGUUCUGUAUAGGUUUCAUGAGUCUUGAAACGUCUAAGAAUACUGUUUGAAUAUGUUGGAUAUUGCUCUGUGUUUGUAAGAUUUGGUUUUUGGAAGCUGUUGCACAAAUGAUGGUAGUCUUGGUGUUUACUUUGCACUGAGAGCACAAAAUGAAAGCAUUGAACACAUGAAAGUGAGUGGUCAUUGGAGGAUGUUUGAAAGAGAUUGGCUUUCUCAGAUUCAGCAAAUCAAUGCUGCUUUGCCACUAGUGGUCACAUAUUUGUAAUAGCCAUAUUUCUUAUGUCUGAUUUUGUUCUGUACAGGUUUCAUUACUUUUGAAAGAGUAAGAAUACCGUUUGAAUCUAUUGGAUAUUGCUCUAUGUUUGUAAGAUUUGUUUUGUGGAAGCAGUUGCACAAAUGGUGGUAGUCUUGGUGUGCAUUUUGCACUGAGAGCACAAAAUAAAAGCAUUGAACGCAUGAAAA